CCUCAGAGCUGCAGAGCUGAAUACAGCAGAGUGUGAGGACAGACAGACGCAGGAGCACGGAGGACAGACAGACAGCACAAACAGGAGGGAAUACACUCUAACUGCUGCUUCUCCUCACUGUCCUUCAGCACAUUUGACAACUAACAGCUUGAAUUUGAGGUUUUUCUCGAUAUUUUCCCGUCAUGGCGGAGAGUGCGGACAUGGAGCAGCUGCUGACAUCCUUCAGGAAGUUCGCCAUCCAUGGAGACACGAAGGCGACGGGGAAGGAGCUGAACGGGAAGAACUGGGCCAAACUGUGCAAAGACUGCAAGAUCAUUGACGGCAAGAACGUCACCGCCACCGACGUCGACAUCGUCUUCUCUAAAGUGAAACAGAAGACGUCUCGGGUCAUCACCUACGAGGAGUUUCGGAGAGCUCUGGAUGAACUGGGUCCAAAGAGGUUCAAAGGUCAAAGUAAAGAGGAGGCGCUGGAGUCCAUCUUCAGACUGGUGGAAGGAAAAGAGCCGAGCAACGCUGGAGUGACGAAAGUGGCGAAGACGGCAGCGGUGGACCGGCUGACCGACGCCUCCCGUUACACCGGUUCGCACAAAGAGCGUUUUGACCAGAGCGGCAAGGGCAAAGGUCGAGAGGGCCGUGAGGAGCUGGUGGAGAACACGGGCUACGUUGGAGCUUACAAGAACGCCGGGACGUACGACAAUAAGACAAAGGUGGAGAAAUAACGAGGCAGGAAGCUCGUCUACGGCACUUAAACUGGACCAAACCUUGAACUUUGACCCCUCUGUGUGUGUGUUAAAUGAAACACAACCAGCGUUUCAGCUCAGAGUGAAGUGUUGCUGAUCUGAUAGAUGCUAGCUGAUGCUAACUGAUGCUAACGGCUCUGUUUACAGACACACAUUAUUCGUUUAUAAUUAUUCCCAUUUAGUCAAAGGUCCAGUGUGUCACAAAUAUUGAGGACAGAGGUGUGUAAUUGUUAGCUAGCUAGAGCUAAUAUUAGCAAAAUGCUCGAAAACCAGCUGUCUCCUAGAAACUACAUUUACCAUAAACGUUGGCAGUUGACCCUUCUUUAGCCCCGCCCCCUUUGCUCUGUGCUCCAAUCACAGUUGAGCAAGCCUCGGUCAAAAUGCUCCUUCCUGUGCUUAGAUUUGCUAUAUGCUAGGCUAGUCUAUAUUGAAAAGACAACUACAUUUUAAAGAUGGUUAAAAUAUACAUCAAUCUGAUAGCUAAUGUUAACGAAACGCUAGCUAAUUAUCUAGUUAAUAACUGAUGAAGUAGCUAGUUAGCUAGCGUUUUGCAAACAUUAGCCAACCUAAAGAACCGGUGUGACCAACAGAACGAGCUACAGCUCAUUAAAGUGUGUUAACGAGGUGAAUCAGCUGAAGACGAGACAGCGGGAGAUUGUUAGCAAUGUAUGCUAGCAACAGUUGUAUUAACAUAGACGCACGCUGCUAACACCGGCGAGAGUUAAGUCUUUAAUCUGAACUCAUUUUAUUUUAAUAUAUUUAGGUGUUGCAGCUUCUUCUUUUGUCUUUAUGUUAAAACAGAAACUGGAUUUGUUCAUAAAGUUAAUAAAUACAAAAAUAAAAACA